CUUCAAUUAUCAGAAUCAGAAUCAAGAUUGAUGAUUAAUCGAAUGAACCAUCUAUUAGCAAGUUCCAAUCAGACAUACAAGCGUAUUCCAUAUAAUUUAUAACUACACUAAUUAUCUAAUCCUAUUUUGGUCUGUUGACUCAUCAUGGCCACCUCCUUCCAACCUAAUGUCCAUUAUACCUUCGGGUCCCCUCUCUCUCCCACCUCGCUCUUCGGUCCCCGUCGGGCAUCCGACAUCCUUGAACAGGAAAACUACACCAACAGUGUCUUUCAAGCGGGCACCUCUCGCCGCGGAUCGAGAAAAGCCAGCGGCGGCACCUCCACCCUCGCGGACGUGGUCAACUCCCUGGCCCGCCGCAGCAGCGACGACAUGAUCACCUCGAAAAUCACCGACGCCGACUAUGCCAGUCUGCUAGAAUGGAUUCGCUCCGAGCGCAUGCGCAAGCUGCCUCCUGAGGGCAGCAGCUACGAUAAGGCCCUGGUCUGGGCUGCCUUGUUUGUAGAGCGAUUGCAUUCGUUUGACUCGGCCAUUGAGCAAUUCGCGGGUGACAGCCACAUGGCUGCGCAGUUGGCAUAUGUUCAUUGUGCCAGUUUGCUAGAGCUCGGCGAGCAAAAUGCUCCCGCCCUUCAAGAUCUCUUUGGCUUCUUCUACCGCUGCUCGAUCGGCCUCGGCAACCUGCUGGACAGGGCAGAGCUGUUUACCGUAUCGCAGAGCAUCAAAGACCAGCUCAUUCUGGCUUUGGCUGACCUGGUCACGCUGGUCGUGGGCGUUGCAGGGCACUUUCACCGGUCGUUGUUGACCUCGGAGUCCGUGUCCAUUGACAUUUGCAGCGAGUUUCCAGUUCCCAUCGAGAGCUUCCGGGGUCGCUGCGAGCAUGUCUCCGAGUUGAUGUGGAGGCACCAGCUGACUCGCGAGGGCCUCAACGGGGACAAAGUGACCGAGAUCAAAACCAUCAAAGACUGGCUUGAGCCCGAAGAUCCUGUUCUCGCCAAUAUUACCGAAACCACCGCCCACUUUGCCCAGGAGCGCGAGGAAUCUACCUGUCUCUGGGCCACGCAGUAUCUGACGCGCUUCCUCAAAGGAAACCAGCAGAUCCUAUCCUUUGUCGGCAAGCCAGGCUCGGGAAAGUCCAUAUUGUCCACCGUCAUCCACGAUCAUCUCCAGCACCCCAUUGGAGGCGUGACCUACAAGUCCAUCUUCGCCCCUAUCAAUACUCGCAUCCCCGCGAAUACGACUCCCCGCGCCAUCGCCAAGACCAUCCUGUCGCAGCUGUUCAGCAAGCGCAUCGGCAAUGUGCGGCUGUAUCAGAUCCUCGCGGAUGCAUAUUCCCGCAGCCAGGAGACCAUCGAGGAAGAGGACUAUGAUGAUGUUCUGUGGACCGCCCUGGGCAGCGCACUCAAGGUGACUCUCAAUGGUGCGAAACAACUUGUCGUGGUGGUAGACGGAGUGGAUGAGGCCAGCUGCGGCGAGGCUGUCUUGCUGAAGAGACUGCACGAUGCGGCACAGAAUGCGACCAAUGUCAAGUUGAUCGUAUUCGGCUCCCACAAGCAGACUUCCAGCGUUUCUCAAACCACAGUCAACAUCACCUCGGAGCUGGUUUUCGAUGACAUUGCCGCCGUCUCUCGGAAGAUGCUGCAGCAGAGCCACGCCUUCGCCUCGAUGUCCGAAGAAGACCAGGAGAUCAACGUCACCCGGAUCACCGAAGCCUCGCACGGCUCUUUCUUGUGGGCUAAGCUUGCUACCAAGCGGGUUCGGGAGGAGCAUCUCUCCAAUUCGGAUGCACUGGCCAAGGCAAUCGAGAGGACCGCAAAGGCUGGAUACUCGAUCACCGAUUUGGUAUCGCACGCACUGCAUUCAAAGCUUGAUGAGGAUGGCAAGAAGAUCAUCACCUGGCUGGCCACGGCGGUUCGACCUCUCAGCCAGCCCGAGUUGACAGCGCUCCUUUCCAUCGACCUCGACAAGUCGUCCAUCACGGAGCGCGAGGUCGAUCUUUCACACGUCCUCAAGCCAGUUGCCUCGUUGGUCUUCUUCCAAAAUAACCUAGUGUUCCUUCGACACGCCCAUAUCCGCACCGCCAUUCUGGACCUCUUUGCCAAAGAAAAGUUCGUCCCGGCCAUCAAGAACAGAAACAGCGAUUUGACGCAGCGACUCCUGCUUUAUACCAAGCAAAGCGUUACUGAGAGUCAUGAUCCCUCUCUGACUCCGUUGGAUGAGACUGUCGUCCAGACGCAUCUGGACAAAUAUCCGCUGCUAGACUUUGCGCUUCGCUACUGGGUGAACCAUGCCAAGAUUGCCUUCGGCUGCACCACUGACCAGGAGAUUGUCACGGCCAGCAAGGAGCUGCAGCCGGUUAUCCCAACCUCCCUGAUGGCGCCUCUCCUGGAAAUGACCGUAUGGGAUGCCAAGUCAACGCCGGCCCUGAAGUCGCUACAUGAAAUCCAGACGCGGCUCUACCGCCAGGCCCUUACCACCAACCAUCCCACUACUCUGCAGACUAUACUCUGUCAAGCCCUCUUCUACCGACGUAUCCAUGAAAGCCUGCCUGCGCAGGUCAGCCGGAUCUUCUACGAUGCUGCCCAAAUCAGUAAAGUGGUCCUUUCUGACCGACACCUCAUCACUAUGCAAAUGACCAAGUAUUUCUUGGAGAUGACUGCGGACCAGACUUCCGAGUCCAAGACUGAGAUCAUGUCCAAGCGGAUUGAGAUGCUUGAGCUGCUAGUAGAAUACUACAAGAUUCACUACGGAGCAACUAGCACCAUGGUCACCUCCACCCUGACGCAACUCUCGCAGCACUAUCAUUUGAUCCAGGAAGAAGACAAGGCAAAGCAAAUUACAACCCUGCUCCAGGGCACGACCACGGAAACUCAUCACCACCGCAGCGGAUCCCGGCAGAUCGAUGAAUCCCUGUUGGUCCAUCUCCGCGGCCGUCAAGACACCGAGGCCGGCACUGCCCUCGCCCUGGAUGGCGUCGAAGCAGACGAGCUGAUCACCGAGUCCGUCGACUUUGAGAGUCUCUUUUCCACGGCCGAGAAGGCGGUGGCUGCCAACCACACAAAAGAGGCUGAGAGCGCCUACGUGGAGCUCUGGCAGCAGGCGAGCAAGGAGUACCGUCUCAGCCGGUCGACCGAGUGGGAAUUGAGAAACUUGCGAGCGGUGCUGACCUACUCCAAGUUCCUCAAGUCGCAGCGGCGCGAGAAUGAGGCCGCCUCCAUUCUGGAAGGCUUCUGGGAGGAGUACGAACAGAGCACCUCUACUUCCGAGGCCGUGAUCGCCCACUUUCUCGACGUGGCCAAGGUGAUGAAGUCCGUCGGGAUGUCCGUGCUAGCACUCAAUGUGUUCAAGCAUUGCACCCAGCACAGUAGCCAGUCCAGCUCUACGUACAAGGAAGCCCAGCAGCACAUCCAAUCGACCUCGCGGGAGGUGAUGCGCAUGGCCUCGUCGUCCACCUCGGCGGUGACCGAGUCGACCCUCGUUGAGAUGGUCUACAGCUCGUCCAGCACCGACCAGGUGUCUACCACCGCCACCAACAAGCUGGUGGAAAUGUACCUGGCUCAGCACCGCUGGCAAGAUGCCACCAAGACCUUGAAGCGGGUGCUACGUGGUAUCUGGCCGGCAUUAUUUGCGCCGUCGUUGGACGAUGUUGUUCUUCCGUCCACCCAUGUGGAGUACGCCGUCGAGCUCGCCGAACGUCUCAGCAGCUGCUAUCGUUCCCGACGCCAUCAUGUCAAGGAGGAAGACAUCCGGGUUCGUUUGUACCGGGCUGUUCGGCGUGACCGGACAGCUGGUGACCAGAUCCUGGAGCGAGUGACGACUAGUGUGCUGCGUCUAUAUGAACGCACCUCUCAAACCGACAAGGCCAUUACCCUCCACCAGGACAUUCUCAAUGCCUACACCAAGCGCUUUGGCACGGAGCACCCAACCGUCCUCAAGGAGCUCUGGACUCUGGCUGAAUUGACCCGUCCACGGCCCGUCGCCGUCGAUUACUACCGUCAGAUCGUGCACAUCCUCAAUAAGGACUCGGAAAAGUGCCACCCGGAUGCAUUCGAGCCCCUGCUCAUCGUGGCCACCGAGCUUCUCAAUCAAGCCCGGUACUCGGAUGCCCUGAAGCCCUGCCGGGUGCUGUUCAACACCAUGCAGAACCCGAAGAUCAGCCAGAAGCUGCAGGAUCAGGCUUUUGUGCAGACCAUCUACGAGCGCUACGUGCAUUGCCUGCGCAUGGUCCACAGCGACGCGGCGUCCAUCCAUGACGUGACUGUCCAAUACCGCAAAUCGUGCAUCAGUUUGUUUGGAGCCAGCGCGUCUGUCACCAUCCAGGCGACCAAGGUCCUGGCCAACAUCUGUCAAGAGUCCAAGCGCUAUGAAGCCGAGGCCACUCAGUUGUACGAAGAGCUGCUGCGGACCAAGUCCACCGAAGUCGAGAUCGACCACCAGGACAUCCGCGCCACCCUGGACGCUAUCUACGAGGAGCAGAACGCCCUGGUGACCUCGUCCAAGUUUGAAUCAAUGAGCAGCCAGGAAGCGCAGAACUGGGUGUCGAUUCGCACCAAACGCCUGACCUCGAUCCGAUCCACCCAGGGUUGGGCCCACGAGCAGGCCCUCUCGCAAAUGGAAGAGAUCGUGUCCCUCUAUUCCAAGCGGGGAGAAACCCAUGCCGCUGCCUCGCUCCUGCAAGAAACCACCGCGCAGGUUCUCUCCACUGAAACCUCCUCGACGCGCUUGACGGCCGUCGCGAAGAGCAUCGCGUCCAGCUACAUCGCAUCCGGCGAGAUCGAGCGGGCCAAGAGCCUCAGCCACGAGAUCUACCGGCAGGUAGUGGCCAAGGACUCCUCCAAUGUCACCUCGUACGGCUUCGACGUGACUUCCAACCAGCGCCAGAGCCUGGCCUUCUUAGCCCAACUCGAGUACAGCCUCCGGUCCCGGGAAGACUCUACCGUCACCCUCAACGAGAUCUACUCCACCCUGACCACCGAGUACCUGUACUUUGAGCAGUUCCGCACCGAGAUGAGCUCCAAGACCAGCAGUCUGCAACAGGUUACCAUCUCUGUGUCCCGCCUGCACGGAUUCCUUGUCUCUCGGGGCCGCCAUUCGGCUGCCAGCCGCGUAGUGGAGCAGUUCACCAGCUACUUCCUGGCCACCGAAGGCGCCAGCUUGAAGGUCAACAGUCACCAGGCCAAGGUCUUUACCGAAACCAUCCUGGACUAUUUCAGCACGCAUCAAUCGCAUGAUCUGAUCCGCUCCGUCGCCAUUGCCAGCUACAACCGCACCACGCAGCUUCUCGCCUCCAACAACUACCAGUCCGCCUGCGAUCUCGCCCACACGGCAUUCAAAUACAUCUGGGCGCACACGGGCUACUCCUCGCAAGCCACGCUGAAACUGGUCUUCAAACUCGGCCUUGUCAUCGCCGGCCGCGACAUCAAGGCCCGGCCCGCGGCCUCCACCCGCAAGGAGAUGCUCCGCGUGUCCGCCAGCAUCAUGCGCGACACCCUCGACUACUUCAAGAAACACAACAUCGACCUGGCCCAACUCGACCUCGUCAACCUGAACAGCCUCAUCGGCGUCCUCGACGAGCAACACGACUACCACACGCUGGCCUGGGUGCUGACCUCCCUCUGGAACAGCCGCGACACCUACGAAGUCUCCCAACCGCAAUACACCUACACGCUCGCCCUCGGCCGCAUGCUGGUCAUCACCCGGUACCUCAUCGGCGACUACACAGCUGCAAUCCGCCUCGCCGAAGACAUCGUCUACAACUGCGCGCGCGUCCACGGCCCCCGCCACCCCAGCACCGUCGAAAUGACCGUCCUCCUCUCCCAAAUGUACACCAGCGUGGCCCAAGGCUACCAAAAUCAGAAAGACCGUCGCGAACUCGCCUACCGAUACUACAAGAAAGCGGCCUCUUUGCACGAAAACGCCCUCCGCUUCUUCAUCGACCCAACCUCCGUCUCCUCCACCGAAAUGGAAUCCGGCACUCUCUCCAGCCUCUCCUCGCCCGCUACCAGUCCCGGCGAAGGCACCGAAGAAUCCGGCAAGUACGUCCGUCAACAUCUCCACCUGCUGAAACUCGCCGUGGAGCGCCUCGGCGAUUGGCCGAAGGAAUACUCCGAGUACGAGCGGCUGAACAGCGAUCUGUUCCGGACUUUCUCGAAUGAUUUGAAAGGCGUCGAGGGGAUCGAGAAAUGGAAUCUCAAACGAUUUGGAUCCGGCAAGGCCGAGGCCAGCGAUGAUCUCAUCUCGUCGGCCAAUCAGGGCGUGGGGUUUUAUGAGCGGUUGGCGAUUGCGGUGUGAGGGCAUGGGUUGGGAUGGAAAGAAAAGUGAUUUCGUUUCGUUUGUGUAUGAGUUUGUUAUGUAUGUUGCUGUGAAUCGGUGGUGAUCAG